UAUGCCUACUUCCCUCAACUCCAACCAUGUCCUCACUUUCCAAUCCAAUCCCUCUUCCCUGUCUUGCUUAGACAAAUACCCAUAUUUAGCAUUUCCUUGAACUCGGAUUGAAACAAAAAAAAUUCUCACUUUCUGUACUUGGGUCAACUCCCAUAUUGCAAAUCUCUUGCCAUGCCAGGAAACAUCCUAGUUUCAGUUCUGGAAUUCAUGGGGCUCCCAUCUUCCUCACCUUCUUCAUCAAUAUCGGUUAAAGUUUCCAUGGGGAAAAUAGAGUUCCAAACUUGGGACAAGGGAGACUUUUCUUUCCCAUUAACAACCCUCCGCGACAAUUUGAUUGUAGCACUUCUGGACGCUGAUGGGAAAGAAAUAUCACAUGCAGGGGUUGAGACUGCGUCUAUAGUGGAGAAAGGUAUUUGGGAUGAUCUUUUUCUCCUUGAAGGAGGCGGUCAUGUGCGUAUGAAGUUGCGGUUCGUUCUCAGUGAAGAUGAGCGUGACCGAAUCCGUAUGAUGAGAGCUUCUGCAUUGAAAAUUAAGCAUGAUGAGCUUCUCAAUCGCAGUAUUAGAAGUUCAAGGACUUCUACAAUGGCUGCAGUAAGUGUUGAAGAGGUAACCUCCGAAGGUUGUCUGAUAUCAAAUCCUGUUAUUUUCUGCAAGAGUGAAGAAUCUGGUACGGAGAGCAUUAAAGAAAUUUAUCCUAAUCAGAAGCAAUCAACCUCAAAUGAUGCAGAUCAAUAUGAAGAGGUUUCAUCAGCAAAUCCUGUGCCACAAGGAGUUGAUGUCCAUCGAACUGAAGAAAGUCAAGGGGAACUUGAGAGGAAUGAGAGCAAGUCACUACCUGCUGAAUUUCCUACAAGAUCCAUUUGUUCCAAUGAAAUUUCCUUAUUUUUGGGAGGUUCAGGAUUAGACGGCGCUUCCACGAGUGAUUCAAUACCUCGCAAUUUGGAGGAAGAUAGGGCUCACAACCCUCAGAAGCAGAGUCAGCUAGGGAAAACUCCUAGCAAAGUAAGGAAUAUGAUAAGUGCCUUCGAAAGUGGUCUAGCUCAGGAUAUGAGGUCUUCCAUCAAACCACCACCAACACAAUCUCAGUCAAAGGAAUUGCAACAAGGCCCAACAUUUACCAGAAAAAGAGGAGAGAAAAUUAAUUCACUUGGAGCUUUAGAUGAGAGUAAAUCAUCUGGGGACACUGGGAAGGUGGAAGAGUUGAUCACAAAGAAAUUUCAGAUUAAAGGAACAAAUUCAAAUCCUAGGGAUAAAUUCAAUGUAGUGCAUAAAGAAGUAGCUAGAGAGGAAGAGAAAUCUCAUCAAGAUUUGAUGAGAUUAUCCCCAUCUGAAACACCUACAGUUUCAGGAAGGAUGCUUGAUGAGUAUUCAGGUACGCACCCUCCUUGUAAUUUGUUUCCUGAUAAACAAGAUUCUUGUGGCAAUUCAGUUAUAGUGGAAAGUAGAAGGGGAAUUCAAUUUAAAAAUGUACAAGAAAUCAAUGUUGGAGGAGCCUCAUGCCAUAAAUUCGAAUCAAUAGACUGUUGUGAAGCUAAGCAUUCCUCAUUUGAAAGCUCUGGUGCCUGGAUAUUUCCAGAUGAAGCAAGACACUUUUGUGUAACAACUGGUGGUAAGAAAGUCAUGGAUUUGAUGGGAGGUAGCAGUACCAAGCCAAAUGUCCAGGAAGGAAAGCUGAAUCUCUCUAUGCAAGAAUAUAUGGAAGAGCAUGGUGUGGAUGCUGGAAAUGCUAUCGAGGUGGAUAAAGAUGAGAAGAAUUGCCACAAAGUAAGAAAAUUAAAACCUGAGAGUUUGGAGGAUAUGGACACUUCUGGUUCUGGAGGACCCUUGGGACAGGCUAUAAAAAUUGCAAUCAUGGUCGGAUUUGGAAUACUUGUUCUCCUUACUAGACAAAGAAAUAACAGAUAGAAGUUGCUGUUGAAUGGAUCUAAGGUCAUCAUGCAGAGGAACUUUCUUGUAUCCUUGAAUUUUUUUUUUUUUUUUUCUUUUUUCAAUUAUUUUCAGUUGGAACCCAGCUGGUUAUUGAUGAGGAUCCACUGUUCUUUACUCCAGUUGUAAAUCUCUCAAUGUAAUUAUAAAUUUUUAGUGCAAAUUUCUCUAGAGCAAUACAAACACAGGACCAUAAUCCAUAAUGCAUGUAAUCUUCGAGCAACUUGUAUGUGAUUCUGUUUCCAGAAAGCAAGA